GUCUAAUUGUCUUUUGGCAUCCCUUCAUUUAAUUGUUGAGUUUGUCCGCAUUUGCGUGAUUUCGCGUUCAAUCAGUGCUCAUUUUGCGUUCAAAAAUUAGUUAUUUUACUUCUAAACUUGCUAAACUGCUGCUGAAUUUUGUGUUGCACUUCACUUAACCGUUAUUUUCUUAUUCAGCACUUAUACUGUAAAUAUCACGCAAAUGUCAAAAACUCAAAGCUCAGCUCCGAUUCAUAUAAAUAACAGAACAAUCGAGCACCAAACUAAUGGCUACGUAAACGAAAAUAACAUAAAGGUACGCGAAUACAUCAACCCGGCGAUAUACGUUGAAACAACCUACAAGAUGAACUCUUGCAAUCAAACAAUUUACUUUCCUGGCAGCGGCGACCAUCCAAAAACAGUCACUGUUAAGCGAUGUGCUUGUUUUACCAAUCCAGACGACUGUCCCUGCCAUCCUCGACCACCGAAAGAAGAAAUCAGUCAAGCAGAAGCUGAAGGUUAUGGAAUACCACCUAAAAUAGAUGAACCUUUAUCACUGACAAAGAUGAAGGAAAUGCUCAAAGAUGUUAAUGAUGCGCACGGUGAAAGUGGUAUAGGAUCUAUAUCACAGAUAAGUUCUUCGAAUAGCGCUUAUAAAUUAAAUUCGCAAUCUAUAUUUGAAAGCGACAGCGGUAUCACUGUCAAAGCAACUAAUUCCACAUCAGACCUACGGCUUUCAAUACCAUCCCUUACAUCAAUCGAUACGAUUCGUGUCACUGACAAUCACACGCGAGGCGAGAAUUAUCGUGAAUGGUGCCGGCGAAAAGAUUGUGAGAGGAAAUUACAGGAAGAACGUGAUCAGCUGAUACAAAAGAUUAAAGAACAGCAAAAACAGGCUGUCCUAGAACUGGAACGCGAAAACUUUAAGCGAUGGCUGACAAACAAAAAAAAGAAAGAUGAGGAAGCAAGACAACUGAAACUACAGCAGCAGGAAGAAGCAAGACGCAAGGAAGAAGAGAAAAACAAGCGAUUGAGCGAAAAAGAACGAAACUAUCAGAUUUGGUUGAGAAAAAAGGAAAAAGACGAUUUAGAAAAAAACAUUAAAAAGCAAUUGACACUAAUUGAACGCGAAGAAGAGAAACAACGGCGUAUUGAGGUCAGUCAGCAAGCCUACGAGUAUUGGCGAGAACAUUCUAGGAACAGGCAAAAACCGCUACCGUUUGGACGAGGAAUGGAUACUUUAAAGUCAUCCGUGUCUGUCUCAUAUAUCAAUCCACAACCAUGGGUACCCAAUAUAGAACCGUCCAAAAAACCACACUCGCAGUGACAACAUCGACCAUCAAUAUACAAAUAUUUAAAGAUUUUUUUGUAUAAAAAUCGAAAUACAUCUCUUGAAUAGAAAACUAUUUUUUCCCAA